GGUGUAGGUAGUUAGGUAUAUAGUAUGCUAUUAAACAGUCAUAAUAACAUUAAUUCAUACUUAAUAACGUCGUUAAGCUAAUAUACUAUGUUUGAAGUGCUACAAUAAUAACAACAAUUUAUCAUUUCUAUCAAUAUAUAUGACUUCAAUGCCAAACGAUUUUGUUGUACAAUACUAUUUUGUGACUAAAUAGUUAGAAAAAAGAGCAUAAAUUAUUAAUUACAUUUAAUUUUUCUAAGAAUUGUUUGUGAAAAUAAAAAAUGAUCAAGCAAACCAUCAAUGAAGACUUGCUUGCAGAACGUUCUAAAUGCACGUUUAAUGUUGAAGAGCUAACGAAUUUCUUUGACGGGGGCGUCAGCGAAACGGAAUCACGCAGAAAAAUGGAGAAUUUUUUUCUCUUUGAUCCACGUUUUAAAGACAAAGUACCCAUGGAAUACUUAAGUCACCAAGAACAUUACGAAGAAGGGAUUAGAAAGUCCUGUAUACUCCAUAGCAAAGUCAAUGAAUGGGCGAACAUUACAAACACUAAUAGAAUACAAGUUUACACAGAACUAUGGAACUGUGGAAUUGCCUCUGCUAUAGUCAAACAAGGCAUCCCUUUUGGUGUGCACAGCGCCAUGUUUUUGCCUGCUUUAUUUAGCCAAGGAGCAAGCGAGCAACACAAUCAGUGGUUAGAACUGGCACUAAACAAUGCAAUUCUGGGCACCUACGCACAGACUGAACUCGGCCACGGGACUUUUAUUCGUGGAUUGGAGACUACUAGCACUUAUGAUUCCAACACGGAAGAGUUUAUACUAAACAGUCCUACCCAAACGUCUUACAAAUGGUGGCCCGGUGGACUUGGUCAUACGUGUAAUUAUGCUAUCGUCGUUGCCCAGCUGUAUACACAAGGGAAAAUCCGUGGUAUUCACCAGUUUGUUGUUCAAAUAAGAGAUUCGGAAACGUGGAUGCCAAUGCCCGGAAUAAAAAUCGGAGAAAUUGGUAGUAAGUUUGGCAUGAACUCUGCAAAUAAUGGGUACUUGGCUUUGAAUAACGUGCGAAUACCCCGAAUGAACAUGUUGAUGAAGAACUCGAGAGUGUUAAAGGACGGAACAUAUGAGAAAUCAUCAAACCAAAAACUCAAUUACGGUACUAUGGUUUUUAUGCGAGUUCUAAUAGUAAAAAACUUGGUCGCAAACUAUUUAAUGGAGGCAACGACCAUCGCAGUCCGAUACAGUGCUGUGCGACGACAAUCAGAGCUUAGAGUCGGAGAACGAGAGCCGCAAAUUAUGGAUUAUCAGACACAGCAGUACAAGUUAUUUCCACUGAUUGCUACCGGUUUGGCUUACAAAUUCGUCGCCAACUGGCUUUGGGAAGCCUACAAUGAAGUCACUUCGGAACUAGAUCGUGGUAACGUCGAUUUACUACCCGAGCUGCACGCGAUGGCUUGCUGUCUAAAAGCUGUCGGCACGUACGAUGCGGCUACUGGAGUGACUACGUGUCGUUUAGCAUGCGGAGGUCAUGGUUACAUGCAUUCUAGUAACCUUCCAAAUAUUUAUACUUUGACAACCGCUGCAGAAAUCUACGAAGGAGAAAACACAGUGUUACUUCUGCAAACUGCCAGGUACUUAAUGAAAGCGUAUCAAGAACUACAACGGGGAAACGACUUGGCGGAAACAGUGUCUUACUUGAACCAUUACCAAGCACUCAAACAGUCUGCUUGGACCACGACUUUGGAAUGUAUGACGAACGCCUUUUUUCAAGUUGCUGGAAGUAAAAUUGAAAACUGUUACAAGUUAAUAAACCACUCGAUGAAUAAUGGAUUAUCCUAUGACGAAGCAUGGAAUCAAACUAGUAUUCAAUUGCUUAAAGCUUCAGAAGCACAUUGUCGAGCUUGGGUCAUAAAUAUAUUUAUGAUGUCUCUUAAAAAAAUGCAAGUGUCUGCAGAAAUAAUAGAAGUAAUAACACAAUUGUGCGAGCUUAUUUGUGCUCAAUGGACGCUAAACAGCGUCGGUGAUUUUCUCCAGUAUUCAAACUUAAACGUCAGCGACGUUCCCUCAAUUCAAAAUUUGAUGGAAAAUUGUUUGAAACUCAUACGACCAAAUGCAGUUGGUUUAGUAGACAGCUUCGAUCUUCGCGAUGAAAUAUUGAAUUCCACUUUAGGCUCUUAUGAUGGAAAUGUCUAUGAACGGCUUUUACAAGAAGCCAACAAAAGUCCUUUAAAUAAAAAUCCUGUCAACAAAUCGUUCGAGUUGUAUUUGAAACCGUUUUUAAAAUCCAACAUGUAAAAUUGUUAAACCAUUAAGUUUAUAAUUCGCAUUAGAAAUCGAAUCUAUGCAAUGAUUAAAAAUGUUGAUAUGUACAAUACUAAUUAUAAUACGACACUGUGUCAUCUUGUAUGUUGUAUAAAUAAAGAAAUAUUGUUAUUAUUGUAAAAUUUAAAUGGGUGAAUACUACUUAAAACCAAUACGGUAGAAGUUUUCCAGAAAUGAGCAUUAUCAAAUAAAUAUAAUAUUAUGUUUAUACGUUUUCAGUAAAUACACAUUUCCUCAAUAUUGUAGUGGUACUAGCCACUAGGUUUUUCUCAUUUUACAUACAAAAUUUAUGGAGGGAUUUGCGGUAAUAAGGUGGCUGACGGUUUGGCAAAAUUCUAUAUAUUAAUAUCUAUACUUAAUAUUAUUUUGUAAAAACCAUGCUGCGGCCUCCUUAACUAUUAUGUUUUGUAUAUACAUAACAGCUGUUUAUUAUCCUGUGGUUUUUGUGUUUA